AUGGACUCCCCUGCCGGACUGCAGUCGCAAUCGCCUCGCCUUUGCAAGACCUAUCAGUCUCCUCCACCACCAGCCGGUUCCGACGAGGUAGCAGGGCCCGUAUCUGGGAACUUCAGGCCUCUCAACCCCACCGAGGAACUCAUGCGAGAGGUCAAGACGACAUACAAAAAUCUGAAUGCGGCCAAGGCUACCUGCAAGAGCCUCCUUAGUCUGGCCAACUGCCGCUUGCGUGGCUGCCGUGACCCAAGGCCGGAGGACGACAACCGUGAACUCCGACACCUCGUUUCAAACCGGAAUGCCCACAACGGGCUGAGAGAGAGAAUCUUCAGUCCAGAAUACGACUUGCUCGGGGCCAUGUGGAAACACGGGAUCGGUACUCUGCUUGAGAUCUUCCGUAAACACAUCCCAGACAGCGGCAAGAUUCGGGAUGACUUCACCUAUCAGGCUGCUAAAAUCCUGGAAGAACUGUGCGGCUCAGUCCGUGCCUAUUCGGCAUUCUGGUAUGAAUGUUUGGGGAAGAUUGGGUUGUUCAGAUUGAAGUACGAAGGAGAAGAGGCGUGUCGACAAAAAUUGAUACGGGAUUGCCACGAUUACUUCCACAAGUCCUCUGAGAGAGCACCUACCAGGGGAUCGAAUUACCAUGGUCUUGCUACUCUUGCCGAUCUGGAUCCUAUCGAGGAAUUGUUCUACCUUAUCAAAUCCCAGAGCGUGCCCCACAUCUAUAUGGAAGAGGACACAGCCAUCGGGCUCUUCCUGAGGCGUAUCCUAGCCCAAGUCGAGUCAACACCGGGUGAGGAUCGGAACCCGGUCCAGCAGUCCCCAGCACAGCACAACGAUCUUCUCUUCGUCCAAGUCCACGGGAUCAUUGCCACCGCAUCCAUAGCCACGCAGGUGCCGGAUGGAUGCCACGUUCGUAUGUUUAAAACGCCUUCCGCCAAUCCCUCCCAUCUGGAGCCGUCAAAACUGACAAGGUAUAGGUGUCUCAUUGCGAAUACGAGUUUCUGCAUCCUUCGCAUGUACCUCUACGCGCUGAGCUCCGCCUCGAGCAGUGUAUCUGCCGAUCAGAUGUCGACAGGUGCCCCCGAUCACGAUCCUACUCACGGCGAUGCUUCUGUGCGCGCAGUUACGGAUAUGAAGCCCCAAGCAAAUGCCGGCGUAUCGAAAUCCGUUCAGCCCGAGGUUGAUGGGGCCCAAGAUGUUCUCGAAGAUGCUUCUGAUGCGGACACAACACCUAUGAUGGUCAUCGACCUUGUAGAAGAGAAGACCGGAGAAACGGCAGACAAGAGAACCGUGGAUUCAAGCGACACCGCUGAAGGAGCCCGAACUAGCACCAAGAGUCUCGCAGCCAGCACAGACCUACUGAAACCCCUGGGAACCCGAAGCACUGCCACCCGGCAGUUGGGGAAACCGUCACCGCCACGGACCAGAGAGGAAGCGCAUCUCCUGCUAGCCAGACACUUCAACAUCGCCAUCGUCGCAGCCGUGUUUGACCAGGCCGGAAACGAGAACAUCCUGCUGUUCCUCUACACGACCCUCCGCUUUGUCGCUUGGGCGAUUGACAAAGGAGACGUCGACGCCCUGCUAGGCCCUGGGUUCCCGUGGUCGGGACUAGCCAACUGCCUCAACUCCGUGUUCGUGGCCAACUCCACUCUCCGCCGGAUCCACGAGGGAGCCUACGUUGCGGAUACCAAUCUCUCGUCACAGCCGUCGCUGGCCGACUACCAUGCCAUGGGCCUUCCUUGGGCUGGUGGGUUCUUCCCGAAACCUCCCACCGCUGCGGAUGAGGAUGAGGUUGAGGGGUUCAUGGACGACCGAGAAGAGAUGGUGGUGCGAUGCACGGUGUUGGGCGUCGAGAUCGCGGGUCUGUGCGAGUACCUUUGUGUUGAUAUAGAUAAGUGGACGUUCACGGGAGUUGAGUAG